CUGGGAAGCGUAGGCUGAUGAAUGUAGUAUAAAGUGUGAAGUUGGCCGAUUUCAGAACUGUAGCAGUAGUAGUAGAAUGCAAUAGUAUCCAUGGGGUCUUUGUCAUAAACACUGGAAAAAGACAUCUAACAAUGAUUUUCCUCAAGACUUUAAUUGUCUUUGGUCAGCUGUGGUUAGCAGUAGCAGGGGAGAACACCAUUACGCCUGAAUACACUGUAUCCCUACCAGACUUCAUACAUGUUUUUGUGGGAUCUUGUGCCCUGGUUCCAUGUGCAUUUAACAUCUCUACCUUUGAAGAGAGUCCUGAUCAGUAUGGAUUACUGCAUGCUAUUUGGAUUAAAGGGGGAUCAAAGUUUGGUAACUCUGAACACCCAGUGGUUUUCAAUGGCACUACAAACGCUACCCAGUUGUUUGAACGAGUGAAGGUCAUUGGAGAUCUCCGUCGUAAAAACUGCUCAACUGUCUUCUACAAUGUGAAUAAAAGUCAUCAGGAAAAAUAUUUCUUCAGGACUGAGACAAACUUCACAGCAACAUUCAUCGAUAAGUACUUUUACCUGUCUGUUGAAGAUUCUCCAGCGAGUCCAUAUGUGUCAGGCCCAUCUGAGGUGUCAGAGGGCUCAUCGAUGACCCUGAACUGCUCUGCUGCUGCCCCCUGCCCCUAUCACCCCCCAACCAUCACCUGGUCACAUGACACUGGAAAUAUCACAACUCACACACAAUACGAGGAAGACGGCAGGAGAAACAUCACAUCUCUUUUGACCUUCACGGCUUCCCGUAGUCUUCAUGGGAGAGAGGUCUUCUGCUCUGCAUCUUACAGCAGGCAGAACCAGAGCACUCUGGAGGCAAAUGGAACUGCGUGGAGACUCAACGUCCUGUUCCCUCCUGAGGUCGUAGAGGCGUCUGUGAGUCCUUCAGGUGUCCUGGCAGAGGGCAGUAGCGUGACACUGAGCUGUAACAGCAGUGAGGCCAACCCUCCGGUGCUCAACUACACCUGGUUUAGAAAAGCCCAGACUUCCUCAUCUGUCGACUCUGGACCAAACAUCACCCUCAACAUCAGCUCCAAUAACGCAGGAAUCUACUACUGUAGGGCUGAACACCCACAGGGGGCCAAGAAGUCAGCCACCGUGGAACUGAAGAUUGAGGAAUUUUCUACAGAAAACAACAAAACGACACUAUUUAUUGCUGUUGGAGCAACAGCAGGGUCCCUGGCCGUUCUCUUCAUAGCAGCUCUCAGCUUGGCCAUCAGUAGGAAAAAAUCCACAACAUCCCAAGAAGAAGACGAGGCAGAGGAGAUCCACUAUGGGGAGAUUGACUUCUCCAAAUCCAAAUGCUCGCAGGGAGACUCCAACGUCGGGGCUGCGUCUGGGCAAGGACAACAGGAGACAGAGUACGCAGAGGUCCGCCUGCCAGGGAGAGGCACCCAGACAGCAGGUCAGGCAGCCACAGACGCCAGGCACUCAGCAGGUCAGACAGCCACAGACGCCAGGGAAUCUGAGAUGGAGGUCACGGACAUGGAAGAGCUUUACGCCAAAGUGAAGAAGUAGCUGAGAUUGCGUGUCUCUCUAUUUUUGAUGAUGAACUUUUUAUAUAUCUAUAUACAUGUUAAUAUUUUUUUAUAUAAAAAGGUAAAUUUUUGGCAGAAUUAUGCCUGGGCCUGUGUGUGAGAGAGCGAUAGCAUAUUGGCAGGGAUAUUAGUCAGAGGGAGAAAUGUAGAUGGAUUGGGGAGAGACCUCAGGCCGGACUAAAACUCAGGUCCCUGGAAUUAUGGCAUGUCACCUUAGCCCAACUACGUGUAUUUCACCACUUUUUUGUUUUGGUUUGUUUAGUUUUUUUGCCAAUGAUACUGCGGCAAGUUGCACUUUGGCUUGGUUGUGUUUCAAAAGCUGGAUCAAAACAGCUGUGUGUUUUUUGUGUGCAAAGUGUCUUGUCUAUCAAGAUAGAGAUUCUCUCUACAUUCUCUACUAUACGGCAACAAACAUUAUCUGAAACAAGACUGGAUGCAUGGAAGUAAAUUAUGUUUAUUAUGUACUGUGUAGUAUGUAUUAUGCAAAUGAUACUUUUUAAAAUUAUUGACUUUAUUGAUGGUGGGACAGUAUGAGAGGUGGACAGGAAGCAAAUGGGGAAGGGUCGGCAAAUGACCCGGGCCAGAAUCAAACCAUGGCAGGGCCAAGAAAAUGGGAUACUUAAUUGUGGCGGGGGUCUGAGGGUCCAGACUCAGGUCCCUUGGGUCCCGUUUCAGCUCAAUACGGAACUACUUUUAUUUCUUUUUUAAAUUUCUUUUUUUUUGGUGUUUUUGACUUUAUUUAUGAUAAGGCAGUGAAGGUGAUGACAGGAAGCGAGUGGGGAGAGGGAGACGGGGAAGGGCCAGCAAAGGACCCGGGCCAAGAAUCGAAUCCGGGUCAGCCGCAUGGUAGACGAGUGCCCUACCGUUUGGCCAUGGCAGGGCCGGAACUACUUUUAUUUCUAAAUACGAGACGCUUCUGUAUUUCAAGGGACGGUGGGCACCUUUAAAGGGUUCCCUUGCGGUGGCAACUGAAGGUUCCACAAAUAAUCUUUGUAGAAUUUUAGUUAUUCCAAAAAUCAGUAUGUCACAUACACAUGGGCCUUUUUUGUUUGUUUAGAAACAUGGUGUUGUGAGGAGGGGCAAGAUACUGGCAGCCAACCAUGUGAGCUAAUUUUUUGACAGACAGCGGCUUCCAACAAUCAGAGGUUGCGUUGUGCGCAACCAGGGUCGCGCAGCCAGGUGAAAACAAAAACAAGAAAACCCAUGUAUAGGUUUCUCUGAGAGCCUUUAGGUUCCACAGAGACCUUUUAAGCGUUCCUUCACAGUGAAAAGCUAAAGGUUCAUCUCUAACCUAUGAAUGUUUAGAGUGCGCAGAUUGGCUCUCAGUGGGCUUUGAAUCAAAUCUAUAAUAAUAGCAUCCAUUUGAUAACAUACUGUUUUAGAUUAUAUUUACAUUUAAUUAACUUCUGGCUCUGUCCCUGCCAUGACAGAGCUAAAGGGGAUGGGGCUGUCUUGGGAUGAAGCACAGGCCAAAGCACGAGACAGGUUUCAGUGGCAGUGUAUGAUUGCGGCCUUAUGUCCCAGCUGGGACGAAGAUCGGUAAAGUAAGUCUGUCCCUGCCUCUCGGGAGUGACACUAUAUAUGUACAGUGUAGCUGUCCCAUCCAGAUAGUUCUAACACAUUGCUGUCCACUUGGCCUCGUUGUCUCCAGUCCUUACACAAGGCCUUAACUGUGAAAACCUCUCUAUAUGUUGCCAUCACACGAUGGUGAAACAAGAUUGCAGUUGCCACUGUCACAAUCUCUACUUUUCAUGAACUUAGUGAAAAUGCUAAUUUUCCCCAGAAUACUUCCUUAAAAUGAAAGUGAAUCCCUAACAGACUAACACAGCACUGCACAUUGAUUACUGUGUACUAACUUCAUCAUGGGCCUGUACUCAUUACAUUUUACUAUGCAAAUAAUUUGUCCUCUGUUGUAACCUAAUUUGGAUUAAACUUCUACCAUGUGUU